AUGGCACCUGUUCAGGUCGAGCAUAACAUGGCAUCGGAGACUUCCUCCCCAUGUCACCAAGGACUGACUCCUCCAGAUAGCCCAAAAUCAGGGUCGGCCACGCCCCAAACUACGGUGAAGGACCUGAAGUACCUCUUUGAUGUGCUCGAAAGGGUGCUGCCGGAUCUUACCAAACGGGAACCUCCAAAUAGUCCUGUCUUUCAGGGUAAUUUCCAAGCGGACCCGGACAUGGCUCAACUGAAGCUGUUGAUGGGGAAGCUCACCUCUGGUGAAUGUACUUCAGCUGAACUCUCCAUGGCGGCCAAGCCUUCUCAGUUUUAUCCGGCAAGCAAUGAACAGGAGGACGGCACUCCAGUAGCAGAUGAAUCAGAUCUCAAACAUCCGAUCAGUACUACGCCGGACGACUUCAAAUUGUUCGAGAAGUGGGCAUCUUCGCCCUCAUUCAAAACAGUUGUUGAAACCUGGGACCCAAAAGCUUGUAAAUACGAGAUCGGCGAGCAAGCGGAGACUAUCAGUAGUCUGGACGAUUAUGCUGAAUACGCAUUCAUUGUCCGCGAACGAAUCGGACGGAAUUCCGAGGAAGUCACGGCGUACAUAGACAUCAAAUCGGAAGGCCUGCGCGACAUCCUGCGUGCGGUGCUACACGAUGUCAAAGCUAUCAGUCUGAUGGAGGACAAGCCAUCGCUCGAGCAAAAUGUCCUUUUUCAUUUCCUCCCAGAGCUCGACAGAUACGCGGAGAGCAUGGACAACAGUUCGAAUCAUACAUCGGCAGCGACGCAGCAUCUCCGCGUGCUCAUCGACCACCUCAAGCACGCAUAUGCUUCCAUUUCGCAGCGUCUCUCGUCAAUGUUGCAGCACGGUCAUAUUACUUAUGACCUUCUUUGGGCCCUUUUCAAACCCGGUUGUCAUGUUUAUACCACAUGCAUUGGCACAAAAGAGCCGCGAUGUGUCAAAUUCGACGCGGGAGAAGAAGUAACCCAAAAUGACGAGACGUGGUUUAACCUCGAAUGCCGAUUUCUUGAUUAUGACGGAGUCAAGUUCGGCGAGGCCGGUACUUUUCUGCAUGUGCCAAAGUUCCGGGGGUCAAAGCCGAUCGCGACUCUUGAAGCUUACCCUCUCUGCCACCAUCCGAGUCACGAGCAGGUCCGAAAAGACCUAGUCGAAAGAGGUCAAAAAUUUCGGGAUUUAGCUGGCUCGCAUAUUCAGCACUGUAAAGGCAGUGCAUUCUAUGUGAAUAAGGGGAAGAUUUUCAAAAUCAACAUCAACAGCCGAGUGGCAGUGGACGCCGCAUUUUUCCAUAAGAUGCAGCCAAACUACUCCCGACCGUCACUCCGCGAUUUAGGGGUAAAAGACAAGAAUGGCAUUGCGGUUAUUGACAUAGGGGCGAUGCUCAUGGAGGAUCGCGAGCGAGAGAAGGAGAGAAUGCGAGGGGACGGUGUGGAUGCACAGAAGCUGAGCGAGGCCGAUUUGUUAAUUGCCUGUCCAACAGUUUGUUGUUUCAGCUUCAAGGAGAAAAUGUUCUUGGAGUGCGCAGUUAGUGCUCUUAGGGACGUGAACUGGUCACCUGAAUCAUUUGACUGCCUGCAAAUUCCGCCAGAGAACAAGACACUCCUCUUGUCAAUGGCAAAAGCCCGCUUGGGUCUGAUACCGACAGUACCCUUUGACGAUGUAAUUGAUGGAAAAGGCCUAGGAGUCAACAUUCUUCUGGAUGGCCCACCCGGCGUCGGAAAGACGUUCACAGUUGAAGCAACCUCGGAAUAUUUCCAGCUGCCUCUCUAUUCGAUAUCCGCAGGCGAGCUCGUUGUCGACCACGGAGAUUCCAAUGCGCUUGAGCAACAACUUGAAAUUGUAUUCAAGAUCGCUAAACACUUCAAAGCUGUGCUCCUUUUGGAUGAGGCAGAUGCGUUCAUGGAGCAGCGCACGUCUUACCACGAUGCUCCCAACCGCCUGGUGAAUGUGUUUCUCAGAAAGCUGGAAUAUUACCAGGGAAUCUUAUUCUUGACUUCUAAUCGGGGUAUUCAGUUCGAUGAUGCAAUCCUUAGUCGGAUUCAUUUAAUCGUCAAGUAUAAAGACUUGAGCAGGGAAUUCCCCAGGGGUCUCUGGUCAACUUUUCUGAAGAGGGCACGUACAGUCCAAGGACCUGCUAUAAUCGAGAAGCACGACCUCCGACGAUUGGAGUCUUUAGAGCUCAACGGACGAGAGAUCAAAAACAUCGCAGCAAUUGCACAUGCUCUCGCCGAGGCGAAUGCCAGCCAAGUGAGCUAUAAAUACCUGGAGUUAGCUGCGGAAUCGAAUCUGAAAUUUUCGAAGGAGUUCGGCAGACAGGGGCCUGCUGAUGGAAUCGUCGACACAGACCAAGAAAACGAGUCAAAGUCCGCAGUCACCCUAUCCGGACUUUUAACUGUGCUUGAUGGUGUCUCAUCCCAAGAGGGCCGGAUACUCAUCAUGACCACGAAUCACAUCAAGCAUCUGGGCGAAGCACUGAUUCGGCCUGGCCGUUCAGACAAGAAAGUUCAUUUCAAACUUGCCGAUCAGAACAUCUCGACUCAGCUCUUCCACACGGUUUUCAAGCAGUUGCCGACCCAAAAGCAAUGUAACGAGGAAUUUGACCAGGAGACGGUUGAGGGGCUUGCUCGUGAUUUUGCCAGCACGAUGCCCGAGCAAGUUUUCAGCCCGGCAGAAGUUCUAUCAUUUCUUUUAGAGCGCAAGAAGUCGCCCUAUGAUGCUGUUUCUGGGGUGGAGAGCUGGGUGGCGAAAGCAAAGUAUUGA